AUGGUGAAGGGAGAUCUUGGAGAUGCUGAGGAGAUAACGGCCGACAUGCUGGCGAGGGUUAGAGAUGAGUUGGAUGCGGAAUAUGUGGCGUUAUUGUAUCGUGAUGAGAAGAAGUACCCUGGGAAGGGCAUCCGGCCGCCUACUACCAACCCGAAUCGGGAUGUGCUGCGGAGGUCGGGACAGGAGUUCAGCGCUAAGGAGAUUGCUUGGGCUCGCAAGGCGGUGGCUGCCGAAGCGCAGGAGAGCUUGGAGGAGGGCAAGCCGCUCGUGAGUGGAUAUCCGACUGGGGAGAGGGAGGUGCAGGACGUGAUGUCGAAACUGGAAGAAGAUGCGGUCUUUGGAUAUGUGCCGUCAGAGAAGAG